UUAAGCCAACUUUCCCUCUGCUCAUGAAAAAAUCCAGUGGUAGCUAACAGGAGAUACUACUUAGUGAAUUAAUUACUUUAGCUAGAGCAUUUAUGAACAGACUCCCUAAGAAACAACGCACCGAACACCAGGAUGUUUUAGAUAAACAGUACCUAAAUCCAAAGUGAAAGCGUCUCUUCCACUGCGUGGUUAAACACACCGCAAGCUAACGCUAGCUAAGAGGCAAGGUUUUUGUUGUUAGCUAGCUCGCUAUGAUGACAACAUCCACUCCUGCAGCGGCGUGUGCUCCAGCUUUAACUCAGAAGCAGCGCAGGGCUCUGUUGAAGAAGGAACGGAGGAGACGGAAACGCCAAGCCUUAGCCCAAGCCAGAGAGUGUGGUUUGCAAGAUGGAUCAGAUCACACAUCUGAGGAGGAAGAUGAUGAUGACGCUGAGAAGGAAAGGCAGCGGCUGCAUGAAGAGUGGUUGGAGAGAGAGAGGCUGGCUCAGGAGGAGUUCAAGGUCAAGUCUGAAAGGGAGGAAGCCGCGAGGAGGAGAAAGGAAGAGGAGGAGCGGAGGAUAAAGGAGGAAUGGGACGCGCAGCAGAAGAGAGAACAGGAGGAAAAAGACCAGAGGCGGCGGGAGAAGCAAGACAGAGAGGAGGCUGUUCAGAAAAUGUUGGACCAAGCUGAGAAUCAGCUAGAUAAUGGAGGUCCAUGGAUGAAUCCUGAGGCUCCUGUGACGGAGAGCUCGGAGAACUAUGGAACGGAGCGGGAUGUCGCAAACUGUCCCUUCUUCCUCAAGACUGGAGCGUGCAGAUUUGGAGACAGAUGCUCCCGUAGGCAUGUUCACCCCAGCAGCAGCUCCACCCUGAUGAUCCGCGGGAUGUUUGUGACGUUUGGUAUGGAGCAGUGUCACCGGGACGAUUAUGACACAGAUGCGUGUUUGGAGCACAGCGAAGAAGAGCUGCAGGAGUAUUUCCUGGAUUUCUACCACGAUGUCCUGCCAGAGUUCAAGAGUGUUGGCAAAGUGGUGCAGUUCAAGGUCAGCUGCAACUUUGAACAGCACUUAAGAGGAAAUGUUUAUGUCCAGUUUGAUACGGAGGAACAGUGUAGAGACGCCUUUGUCAGGUUCAACGGGAGGUGGUACGCUGGCCGGCAGCUUCAUUGUGAGCUCUGCCCCAUUACACGAUGGAAGAAUGCUAUAUGUGGAUUGUUUGACAGACAAAAAUGUCCCAAAGGGAAGCACUGCAACUUCCUGCAUGUAUUUCGUAACCCUGGAAAUGAGUUCUGGGAGGCUGACCGGGACCUGCACUUGUCACCAGACCGGGACGGCAGGGGGCCUCACAAGGCAGGGUGGCACUCAGAGCGAUCAUGGAGGCUACGGAAAAGCAGCAGAAGCCCCCUGAGAUCAGAGAGAUCCCGCGACCGCAGGAGCGACCGGAGGAGCCGCAGCAGGAGCAGGGAGAGGAGUCGAGAAAGGAGGGCCUCCCAAUACCACAGGGGAGACUGCAGGUCGUCCAGAUCCAGACCCACUGGCUGGAGGAAAGAUAGGUAUCGGAGCAGGAGUAGAGACAAAGACAGUGAGCGAGACAGGUCAAGGAGUCGAAGUAGAGAUCGAAUGCGAGACAGGUCAAGGAGUCGAAGUAGAGAUCGAAUGCGAGACAGGUCAAGGAGUCGAAGCAGAGACAGGGAGCAAGAUAGGCUUCAUAAUAGAAGUAAAGAUAAAGAAAGAGAGCAUGACAAGUGUAGGAGCAGAAGCAAAGAGAAUGACAGGCCUCGGAGCAGAAGUAGCGAUAAAGACGCAAAGACAGAGACUCAUCCUGGAGUAGACAGAGACCGGUCAAGGAGCAGAAGUGGAGAGAGGGAAAGAAAGAGGCAAAGUAGAGAAAGGAACAAAAAUCGGAGCCCCAAGAAAACAGAUAGCAAAGACAAAACAUCUAACGAUGACACCCACACGCAUCGCCACCACAAACACUCCAAAAAGAGCAAGAAAAAGAGCAAGAAGAAACACAAGAGGAAAAGCUACUCGCCUGAAGGGACGAUUUCAUCUGGAGAGUCAGAGAAGGAGGAAGAGACGGGGGACAAGAACGUCUCUGCAACAAGUCCCAGUGUAGAGACAAUUGAAUCAAAGCUUGAUCCAGAGUGCUGAAGGUGACUCGGGUGUGAAUCCCAGUGAGAGGAGAGAAGUUCUCACCCCGAGAACCCAAAUGAACUGGUUGGAAAUGGUGGCAUCAAUACUUUGUAGCAGCGCAUAUGCACAAUUAAUUUAACAUGUUACAUCAUAGCAAGUUGCAGCUAUGACAGUUACAGUUCAGUUCCAAAUGAUACAUCACAAAUUUGGAUUUUGCAAUUUGGUUUUCAGUAGGAAAUGCAAGAUCACCCUCUUGUACAAAUGUAAAUGUUUCACAUUCUCAGAAACGGAUGAUGUUUAAUUUCUGAAUACAAUCAAAUGGAGCUGUGGUGGUAAAACUGCAUUCAUUGUGACCAAGUAAAAAUGGUAUAAAACAAG